CCUGAACAUUCCAACACCCCCUUCCCCCUUGCAGCUCCAUUCGUCUUUAUUUGUGUUGAUCCAGGAGCUUAUCUGGAUGUAUCAUUCCUUGGCUGUGGGCUGAGCUGACUGACAUCCCAGGUGUUUUGUCCAUCUAGAUCUCGACUACCCCAGGCAAUCGUUACAGCACCGCAAACAUGGAAGGCCCCGUCGAUCCCGAGUCGAUCUACAUGAGGCAGAAUUGCAUCGGUGGUGGCAGCUUUGGAAAAGUUUAUAAAGGAGUCGAUAAGCGAACUGGUGCCUCGGUCGCAAUCAAAAUCAUCGACGUUGAGAAUGCCGAGGACGAAGUCGAAGAUAUCAUCCAGGAGAUUGCUAUCUUGUCGGAACUUAAUUCUCCCUACGUGACCAGAUACCACGGGUCUUAUUUGAAGGGUUCCAAAUUGUGGAUUGUCAUGGAAUUCUGCUCCGGCGGCAGUUGCUCCGAUCUCAUGCGCCCGGGAACCAUCCCCGAGGAGUAUAUCAUGAUCAUCGUCAAGGAGUUGCUCCGCGGGUUGGAUUAUUUGCAUCGCGAUAAGAAGUUACAUCGAGAUGUUAAAGCGGCGAAUAUCCUCCUCACCUCGAACGGUCAGGUCAAACUGGCGGAUUUCGGCGUCUCGGGCCAAUUGUCUGCCACCAUGACCAAGAAGAACACCUUUGUGGGCACGCCAUUUUGGAUGGCCCCGGAGGUGAUCAAGCAAUCGGGGUAUGAUUACAAGGCCGACAUCUGGUCGCUUGGCAUCACUGCUAUCGAGCUUGCCACGGGCGAGCCUCCGUAUUCCGACAUACAUCCCAUGAAGGUGCUCUUCUUGAUCCCCAAAAACGCACCACCCACGCUGCAAGGCAACUAUAGCAAAUCUUUCAAAAGUUUUGUCGACCUGUGUCUACGUCGCGAUCCCAGAGAACGCCCAUCGGCUAGAGAAUUGCUGGAGCAUCCGUUUGUCAAGAGGGCCAAAAAGACUAGCUACCUCACCGAGCUGAUUGAGCGUUCGGAGCGCUGGAAUGCCAUGAACGGCAAUAAGAACGGUGAGGACGAAGACAGAGGCACCCUGGACCACACGCCGAGCCAGAUGGUCGCCAACGAAGACGACGACGAUCUGUGGGACUUUGGCACCGUCCGCCCGGCAGGACGAGCUCCCGGCCUCAAACCCUUGAAAGAGGCAGACAUGAACACCCGCAGCAACGAGCCAGUAGAGUGGGACCUGAAAGAUAGCACUCCCGAGGAGACGCCCAGGCCAGAAGCCAGUUCAUCGUCGAAAUUGGAGUCACCGAAGAAAGUCUCCGCAGCACCCAGAGCCUUGUCCCCCGCCAAAGUCCCACUACCCCCUUCCCCCGUGAAGAAGGCACCCGCGGAGGCUGGACCCCAGACGCCUGCACAUCUGCACAGACCCAUUCAGCAGCAACCGAAAGAAAGCCCAGGCAGUGACUAUGACAGGGUUCUUCAGCAGGCACUGGCCCAGGACCUAUCUUUUCUCCAGCUUGACCAAUCCCCAGCCACUUCCCUGAGCUCUGGGGUGCGUCACACAGCUGCGAGCAGUCAAGGUCCCCAGCAGGUUCCUCUACCCCAGUCAUCGCCUGUUCUGUCAUCCCAGGACCACAUGCCGCCAUCGCCCUCACCCUCACCAUCACGGAACCCUCUAGGGCCGGCCGCCCGGUCUUCGAUGGAGCCACGUCUGGAUCAACGCCAGAUGCCUGCCAGUCCACAGUCAAGACCUCCGCCGACCCCACGGCACUCUUCGCCUCCGAUUCAGCCACAAUCGUCUCCACGGCUCCAACCAGAGCCCCUGCGCAGUCAGCAGCCCUUGCGAAGCUCGCAGCCUUUCCGCAGCUCACAGCCUGCCGGGAUCUCCAGCAACUUCAGCCAGCUCCACAGGAGCAUUGACGCCAGCUUACAGGUUAUCAUGAAUGGGCCACGAUCAAAUGAGCUGACAGCUCUCAACGGCGUCAUAGUCCCGGCAUUGAGGGCAGCCAUCCGCCGUCGCGCCCGUCGCUACGAACAUGUUGCGCGCAACUCGCAGCUAAACCCCAACGAAAGCACCUUUGAUGAACAAGAGUUUCACGCGCGCCGAGCUUAUGUCCAGGAGAUGAUGGAAGCCCUCGUGGGUGACUUGUGCGGACUGUUCGCCCGGAUUGACCGUUGGGACGUCGAGGCACCCGUCGGCAUGGGCUCAGAUGUCGGGACGUUCUUAGAAGGGUUUCUCGAAGAAAUGUUAGUUCGGAUCGAACCAGCUGACGAUGACCCAACUACUGUCGGACGCUAGGUCUCACCGGCUCUCCUACUCUCUUAUCUGGCCCCAACAGCGCUAGAGUGUCGGCUGCCUGCCUGUCAGUCGGUGGCCGGCUGAACACGAUUCUUACGAUAUGUGGAAUGUAUCUCAGUUCGACACGGCCGUUUGUUUCUCCUCUGUUCUGUUGUGAUGUGCUGUGCGUCACGGCUUCGGGACUCUGGAUUCUCUUCUUAGAGCUGUAUGAUCUGUGAAAUCGUUGUUAUGACUUGAAUGAUUUUGUUUUCUUUUCCCUUUUCUUUUUUUCUUUCCCUCCAUGUUCCCUUUCCCCUUUCCUCCCCUUGAUCUCGGAUGUCGAACCCGACAGGCAUGUGCAUAACAGAGUUCGGCGAAAGCAGAAUACAAUAAAAAGGAUUUGUUUCUUGUUGUACAAGAUAUUGUUCUCCGG